AUGGAUUCAAAAAAUUAAUACGAAGAAGUUGAUAGAAGAUUUAAGGAAGGCUUGACUAUUAUAGUCUUGAAUUGGCCUGUUAUUAAAUUGAUAGUAUAGAAUGGAUGGGUUGGUUAAAAUGAAGAAAGAAUUAGAGAUGACCCUGAAGCUAAGUAAUUAAAUUUGGACUCUGAAUUCAAAUCUGAGUCUUAAGUUGUUCAAGAUUUUAUUGAGGAUUUAUUCUAAUACAUAAUAAAAUAUGAUUGUAAGCCUGAAGAUUUAGAAGAUUGGUUACUUAAGGAAAUCGAAUACAGAUUUUAUACAUUAAUUGAAGAUAAUUCUGAAAAAGAAAUGACAAAAGCUAUUCUCUCCUUAUUUAAUGAAUUGGAAGAUGGAAAAUACACAUUAUAUGAAGAGGUUAAAAAAAUGGGAGCUUUGAUGAAGAAUGUUAAAGUAAAUGGUUAAUGUGGCAACAAGGAUGAUGAUGACAGUGAUGAAGAAGGAGAAGAUUGGGAAGAUUCAAGUGUUAUUGGACCAAAUGAUAAAGUAGAAGAAGAGCUCACUGAAGAGGAAUUAUAAAAAAUUGCUGAAGAAAAGGCAGAAGAAGAAAAAAAGAAACAAAUUAUGGAAGAAGAUGGAUUCUCAGUUGUAAGCAGCAAAAAGAAAAAGUGA